GUGCGAGCCAGUCUGGAGAAGGCUAAGCAGGGAUUGGAGAAGGAGUCAUCUGAUCUCAGCGCAGACCUCCACUCAUUGGCCAACGCCAAGCAGGAAGUGGAGCACAAGAGGAAGAAGGUCGAAGGUCAGCUGUCAGACUUGCAGUCGCGCUACAACGACAGCGAGAGACAGAGGGGGGAGCUGGGAGAACGAGUCUCUAAGUUGACCUCUGAGUUGGACAGUGUGAGCGGUCUGCUGAAUGAGGUGGAGGGGAAGAACAUUAAACUGAGUAAAGACCUGGGCAGUCUGGGGUCCCAGCUACAGGACUCUCAGGUGAGACUCAGACCUGACCAGGACUCUCGCGUGAGAACUCAGCCGACAGACUCUGGUGCGAGACUCAACGAACACUCGAAGCCACCUACAGGACUCUCAGGGGAGUACUCAGGACCCACAGACUCUAGGUGA